AUGGGUAGGGUGGUGUUUUCUCCUACAAAAGAGGUCAUGAGAUACGAGGAGGAUAACGGAGAACGUGUUUUCAGAACGGAGCCUGAAGGGAACACCACAGACGAUAAGACAAAUCCUCGCCCAAGCUUCCUCAAUAACUACACUAUUCCAUACAUUCUACUGAUGUACCUCCAAUUGCUUUUCAAUGUUUUACUUGCACUGAUUAUUUUUUACAUCAUCUACCUUUUCAUCUCGACCAUAAAGGCAGAUACAAGACACAAGAUGGAGAUUGCAACCACUGAUGCAUUGCGAGAAAUCAGCUUAUGCUCCAGAGAAUUCUACCGCAAUAAAUGCGCCACUAACCAUAGAGCUCCUGCCUUAGAAGUACCCUGCUUGGAAUGGGAAAAAUGCAUGAAUAGAGACCCGGAGAAGAUAGGAAAGUCAUUGGUCACAGCGCAGACAUUUGGUGAAAUCAUCAACGAGUUUCUCAAACCCAUCAGUUGGAAGCUGGUAUUUUUGUGCAAUUUCUUGUUAAUCGGUAGUUUCGUCGCCACGAAUAUCUUACUCGGAGGGUUUAGGGGUGGUAUGAGCUACGACCAAUUGGACAAUUUAAGAAAAUUAAAGGCUCUAGAGGACAGACUCAAUGCGGCCGAGAAUGAAAUGGAAUCCUUGAGAAAGUCAAAUGCCGAGUUGAAGAAGCAGGCACCAACUUAUCUCUCACAACACGAGCUUGACCUCAUGAACGAGAGUAUAGGAUACUCCCCACUCAUGGCGAAACUGAGACGAUAG